AUGAAUAGUUUAUAAUUGAUUGAAUUUUGCAAUAGAGUUUUUGAAAAAUAUGAUAAAAAUAAAUCUGGAUUUAUUGAGAUAGAUGAAUUAACUACUCUUUUGAAUAACCUAGCCAAAGAAAUCAAUUCUUAGUUACCAACAUAAAAGGAGAUAGAUUACAUCGUUAAUUAUUUAGAUACUAAUAAUGACAAUAAAAUUAGUAAAACUGAAUUUUAGAAAUUAGGAAAAUUAAUGGUGAAAGUUCUAGGGAGUGCUUGA